AUGACCUCGACCACGUGGUACGCCUUGCGCUCCAAGGCGGUUCACACACGCUUCGGUCUGUCCAAGAACAUCCAGCUCCUGCUCAACAGCUUGGAUUUGUACAAGGCCGGCAGCAUCGACGCGACAGAGCUGGGUCGCAUGGUCCGCCUUAGCGCCCAUCGUCGGGCUGCACUCGCCAACACCAUCUCCAAAUGUGCCGGAAUCAUCAAGAAACAGCCCUCCGAGAUCAAGACCUGUGUCGAAAUCAUCGAGAUGUGCACCGAAAUUCUCGAGAUAGCUGGUUUGUCCUCAUCAAUCGGCCUUCUAGUGCCUGGCUCCAGCACAGAGUGGCUGGCCGAUCUCCUGACACUUCACGCAGAUAGGCGUCCCCCCGAGGGGGUUUUUCCCUUCAGAAAGCUGCCCGUGGAGAUCCGGGAUAAGAUUCUCGAUCUCAUGAUCUCGAACGUUUUUCGCACCACGGGCAUCAUUCCCGCCGAAAAGUCGAGCUGUGAAUGCCCUACGUUCGACCGGCACAAUAUCUCGUUUCAGACCAAACAGAUGAAGGCCUUGCCGACUUUGCUGGGAGCAUCGCUGAAUCACGAAUUCUGUCGCAUCUUCUUCCGCAAGCACACGUUCCGCUUCAGAUGCUCCUGCGAACUCCUCGCCCACCUCCAGCGAAACAAAAUGUUUUUCGCACAUGUCCGCCACAUUAUCGUUCACUGGUGUGGGGAUGACUGUGCCAAGGCCUUCAAGAUGCUGGCCAAGUGCCCGCGCCUAGAGACUCUCAACUUGAGCAUCUCCAAAUCGACUUACUCGUUCGUUAGCCCCCGCGCGCAGCUUAUGAGAGGCUUCUUCUCGGCGUCUUACCGUACCGUUCGGGCCUCGGACUUGCUCGGACUCGACGAAUUGUUGGAAGUUCGGGGUCUCAAGGAUGUGCAGGUCUCGCACACUCCCAACAGAGCGAACGCCCCAAUGAGUAUCGAGAUGGACCGGUCUGGCCUCUCACGCCUCCUUUCCGGCAGCCUCACACUGCCCCGGGAUGAUGAUAAGAUCAAUAUCUUCUGA